AUGGACAGCAUCGUUGAGUGGCUUACCCAAAUUCUGAACCAGGUGUGGGAGACACAGAGGCUUCCCAGCACCUGGACCAGAGGACUCAUCCUACCCUUCUGGAAACACAAGGGUGACCGGCCAGUCUGCAGUAACCACCGAGGCAUCACCCUUCCAUCCAUCCCAGACAAGGUCUUCACCAGGAUCUUACUCACCUGUGUUCUCCCAGCCAUCAGAAGCAGCCGCCGUCCCCAACAGGCUGGCUUCAUGCCUAACCGCCCCACAACAGACCACAUCUCCACUGUUCGCCUGCUGAUAGAGAAGACUUAUGAAUUCUGCAAAAAUCACAAUCUUUACAUCGGGUUCACAGAUCUGAAGGCUGCCUUUGACACCGUCUACCACGCUUCACUGUGGAACCUCCUACAGGCCCUUGGAGCACCAUCUAAGAUCGUUGCCCUGUUCAAGCUGCUUUACAAUAACACACAGAGCUGUGUCCGAAUCCAUGGCAAACACUCAGACUGGUUCUCCAUCUCCAGUGGCGUUCUCCUGGGCUGCGUGGCUGCUCCCGACCUCUUCAACUGUAUCACUGACCAUCUGAUGACCAGGGUUUGUGAGAGGGUCCCCAGAGUGUCUCUAGGCAGUUACCACCUGACUGACCUGGAGUACGUUGAUGACACCAUCCUGUUCAGCACAUCCUACAUUCCAGAUCGUGUAACGGAGGUGAAGACAGACAUUUAUGUGACCAGUUUCGGUCCGGUGUCGGACACAGACAUGGAGUACACAGUGGAUGUGUUCUUCCGUCAGAGUUGGAAGGACGAGCGUUUGAAGUUCCACGGUCCAAUGAACAUCCUUCCUCUGAAUAACCUGAUGGCCAGUAAGAUCUGGACCCCCGACACCUUCUUCCACAACGGAAAGAAGAGCGUGGCACACAACAUGACCAUGCCCAACAAACUGCUGAGGAUCAUGGAGGACGGAACCCUGCUGUACACCAUGAGGUUGACCGUCCAGGCUGAGUGUCCCAUGCAUCUGGAGGACUUCCCCAUGGACUCACACUCCUGUCCACUGAAGUUUGGCAGCUAUGCCUACACUAAAACAGAGGUGACCUACAUCUGGUCUCGUAACGCCUCCCAGUCUGUGGAUGUGGCUGCAGAUGGGUCCAGACUGAACCAGUAUGACCUGGUGGGUCAGACCGUGGGCCAGGAGACCAUCAAGUCCAGCACCGGUGAAUACACGGUGAUGACCGCACACUUCCAUCUGAAGAGGAAGAUCGGAUACUUUGUGAUCCAGACGUACCUGCCCUGCAUCAUGACCGUCAUCCUCUCACAGGUUUCCUUUUGGCUCAAUCGGGAAUCAGUUCCGGCCAGACGGUGUUUGAACUGCUUCACUCUUGGUGUCACUACAGUUCUGACCAUGACCACCCUCAGUAUCAGUGCUCGGAACUCCCUUCCUAAAGUGGCCUACGCCACCGCUAUGGACUGGUUCAUCGCAGUCUGCUAUGCCUUCGUCUUCAGUGCACUGAUCGAAUUCGCUACCGUCAACUACUUCACCAAACGAGGAUGGGCCUGGGACGGCAAGAGUGUGGUCCCCGAUAAGAAGAAGGAAUCCUCCGUCCUGAAGCAGAACAACGCCUACGCCGUUGCUGUUGCCAACUACGCCCCCAACAUCCUGAAGGACUCACCUUUACCCAGUGUCUCCAAAUGUGUCCCCUUAGACCCAUCCAAAUGUGUCCCCUCAGACCCCAACCACACCCCGGUGGACACCAAACCGGAGCCCAAAGGAAAAAGCUUCAACAGCGUCAGUAAGAUCGACCGCAUCUCCCGCAUCAUGUUCCCAGUGCUGUUCGGGAGCUUCAACCUGGUCUACUGGGCCACGUACCUGAACCGGGAACCUGUCAUUAAAGACCUUGACCCGGUCCACUGAAACCCAGACACCUGGACCUGAUUCAGGGAUUCUGAUGGUGCUCCUGAGGGCAGUAGAAUGCUGCUGACUCCUCCCACUAAA